AUGAUCUCUCAUUCUCAUAACAAGCAUUAUCAUAGUGCUCAUACUGAGCAGUUCAUUAGCAAAUCUUCAUAUAUUGACAGAUUCACAUUCAUCAAUGAUAGUGAACUCAAUGUUGAAUCAUUGAUUGAGAAUCUGAAGGACAUAAUAAUGAAGAAAUUAUCUGUGCCAUGUGUGGCUGAGUCUCCCGCAUUCUUCCCUGCCUCUUCUGCCGCUGCCUCUCAAUCUUCUACACCUGUCUCUGUGUCUGGUUCUCCCGCUCUCACUAUCUCUGUUUCUGCAAUCCCUGGUUUUGCUGUCUCUGCUUUCAUUAUCAGCUCUCCCUUUGCUUCAGUGUCAGAGAUCAUUCUAAUUGAAGAUGAUAACACUGCUAAGACUAUUUCCUCUCACUUUCAAGCUUGUCUCAUCACUUCCUCUCUCUUCUCUGCAGAGAAGGCUGUGUACACACUGAAUUCGGCCGAGGAUCGGCAAUCGAGAAUGGCCGAGGAUCUGCAAUCAAGAAUGGCCGAGGAUCUGAGUGUACAUGGAAUCUGUGGAGUGUAA